GCCUACGUCAGUGCUGGCGGAAGCUCCCAGCGUCAAGCCGCAGUUGUCAGUGGCACGAGCGUAGCCAGCGUCAACCACCAACUGGAAAAAGCCGCAUGCACGGGACCACGAGCGCGUGGUAUGGAUACCUCACAUGGGUAGGUACUUACUGUCUGGGCAAAUAUAUUACUGCAUGUAGGUUACCGUGGUCAGACAUUGACUGAUUGACGUCUUGUGCAUCUCCGUUUCCCCCGGCGUCAGCAGCCAAUCGCCUGGCUCGAGUUACCUGUUUCUGGUUCACCGACAAAAUGUCUCGUGAACCUCCUGGUCGCGUGCCUCGUAUGGCCUGUGAGCCAGCAAAGAGCCAAGAGCCAAGAGCCAAGAGCGCGCGACUUCUCAAGUGCAGUAGAGCCAAGGGAGUGAACAGUUGCGGCAUGCUACGCCUUGAGUCGAGCUAUAGGCCACCGCCAGACAAGUGCGCUUCACCGAGUAGCAUGCGCACCUGGAACGGGAUAGCAUCGCACUUAUUGAGCUUGGCUCAAGACAAACACCGAACGGUGACAGGGCAGCCGAGGCGUGGGGCUUCGGGGAUGCGCCCUGGAAAACCUCAGCUGGAAAUGACUACAAUCCACUCUCUCAUUGCCAGUGCUGGGCAACCGAGCAGGACCGGUCAAACAUGCCGCAUCCUCUACAGACGAGCAGAGGGACGUGCUGCUGCACGAACACAGAGCAGCUUGCUUGGCCUGUUCUGGAAACCCACUGGCGACGGAUGGGACGGCAUCCCACUUACAAGCUACUGGACCGCAAAAUUGACGGGGCGGGUGCAUGGAGAGCGUAAUAUUUGUCCCUCAUCCCAGCCACAGGAAGAGUCUUCGGGAGCGUCGUCAACCGCUCCAGGCGAUGGCUGA